AUGUCUCCAUCCAACACUUUGACAGCAAAUCAAAGUCACCACAAGAAUGCACAACUUCGACCCACCUUGUUGGAGUUCUCAUCUCCAAGUUGGACAGCAGUUCAGAACAUACAUUUGGGUCUUCUGUGUCUGUGCUCGCUCACUCGUGGCUUUUACCCGCCCAUCCUUGGUCUGAACCCCGGCGGGGAUGCUGAUAAGAUCUGGGCUAAGACUGGACUACAAGCGUCAGUAACGCGGAGACUCUUUUGGUUGCACAGCCCAGUGAACCGCAGUGGCAACAAACACAGGCACACUCUUUCCACUUCAAUGUGGGCAGAACGAGGUCGCAUAGUCUGA